CCAGAGACGAAGACAGACAUCCAUUUGUGUUUUCUUCAGUCAGCACUAAACUAGAAACCAGGAUCCAGCAUUAAGCAUCCUUGGCAGCAUUCCUUUCUUCUGGAUGAAGUAGAAGUGGACAUGAUGCACACUAUAAAGACGGUGGAAACCCAGGUUCCCUUUCUUAAGGAGAGUUUUUUUACUUCAACCUUUAAAGGCAGGAGGAAGAGUAGUGUGACCCACAUCCUCCAUAAACAGCAAUCACUCUUAGAUCAACAGCAGUGCAUUAUAGAGCACCAGCAGCUAAUUCCUAAGCAGCUUCCCCCUAGUUCAGUGGAAAAUGGAGCAGAACAACAGAGCUCCGAGCAUCAGCGGCUUGCUCGCUCGAUCAGCAACCCAUUAUGUAAGACGCUGGAGCCUACACAAGCACAUGGGGACAGAAAGGAGGGGCUAAAGGAGAGAAGGGAUCAGAGAAUGAGUGAGGCUUUGCAUGGGAGGAGGAAGGGAGAGCCUGUGGCUGACAGUGCCAGUCUCCUCCUACUUUCAUCAUCAUCAUCAUCAGGAGUAGCUGUGCUGGGGGAGCCAGCAUCAUCUUCACAUCUGCUACCAACUGUGGGGAGUAAACAGCAAGGCUUAACUAUCUCUGGAAAAACUUGGAUCAAACAAGUACCACCAUCCUUGAGGGUCGAAGGGGAACCCCAGAAUCCCCAACCUCAGGCCCAGCAGCAUGGCCUGUUAGCCAAGGGUGUUCGCCUAUUAAGGAAUAUGGGGAACCAGGAGACCAAGCAGAAGAAAGGAGGAGGAAAUGGUUCAGCUGUAGUGGAUGCCAGAUGUGAUGGGGAACCCGAUGAAAGAGAUGUGGACAAACAAUCCAAAAAGGCCAACAAUAAGGCAAGUAAAGGAGGAGAACAGAAUGCCAAGAAGAAAAUAAAGCCAGAAUCAAAAGGCUCUGUGUUUUCUGGUAUGAAGAUUAGGAAAAGUUUAUCUAAAGCAAAAGGCUUGUCUAAGGAUGACACAUUAGAAGCUUUGAAAUCAGCACAUGUUGGCAAAGAUGAGUUCAAGCUUGGUGCAGAGGAAAGUUUCUCACCUGACGAGCUGGGAAUGGUGUCUGAUGUUGAGGGAGAUCUUAGCCAUUUGACUGCAGACAGUCCACAAUCGGACACUGGCCAGAAGACAAGUUCAGGAUCAGAUGCUGACCUUUACAGUUUUCACUCAGCUGCAGCUGAAACUGAUGAUCUUUUGUCUGAUAUCCAGCAGGCCAUUCAAGAAAAAUGUAUAGAUACCACCAGGAUAUUAGAAACAGUGCCAAGAUCUAUGUGUGAAGGGCUGAAAGGGACUGUAGACUCAUAUACUAAUGCAGCUCAACAACUACUUACUCUGGAAAAGGACAAUUUGUCUCAAUCUGAAAGUGCACCCAAAGAAAUUUCUAAAGCAAUCAAGAAUAAAUGUCCAGACAUACCCUUAAACAUACCGUUAUCCAAAAACUCAUCAAGUGAAAGUGAAGCACCAUCCUCUGUUUUAGACUUGGAAGUAAGCGGCAGUAGUAUUCUCCCACAAACUAACAGUGAUUACAGCCUCCAGGACACUACAGGAACUACUUCAUAUGAGAGUGCAGAGGAGCCCCAGGAUGAUCAAGAAAGCCCUGAUGAUAUAGCUCAAGAGCAAAGUCAAGAUCACCCUGCAACACAAAGUAGAACCACAUGUGUACCAUGUGUUUAUUUAGAUGCUGUAUCUCCUGGAAGAAACGCAGCCGGGACUCACAAGAGUGCCAGCAGUUUGGACCUCUCACUUGCAAUAGAUGAGGAAAGUGUUAGACCGGACUUUUUGCCACUCAGUUUGAGAAAGAGCAGCAUGUCUAUUAGUCACCUGUCGACUGAUUAUAUUCCUGCAUCCUUGACAAGACGAACAUCCGCAACCUCUCCCUCAACUGUAAAACUCUACCCUCCAGUCCAUCCAUCAUAUGUCAAGACCACCACCAGACAGCUCACCUCUCCAGUUGGCUCCCCCAUAACUAGUCCCAAUGUGCCCAGGAAAAGGGAUGCCCUCGCUCCAUCGUUAGAUUUCAACAGGCCUGAUUGGUCUGAAAAGCGUGAGCAUAGAUCAAGCUCUGUUACAGGACCCCAUAGAGUCUCUGGAGACUGGUCAGCAGAUUUGGACUUGGGAGAAAGUCAGACUACCGUGGCAAAGUCUCCAGAGCAGGACACUACAGAAAAAUGUCACCCAGCAGGGAAUUAUUGGACCCUUGGCUCCAAGAGGGCACAUUAUGGAAAGAGAACCUCCAGCACACCUUACCUAGAUGUCUUUUCUGGUCAGACUCUGUUGGAAAAGCUUUGCGUGCACCAAGGAGAUGGGGCCGCAGAAGAUGAGGUGAAGGAUAUGUGUCACCGAAUGCUGGUCUAUGGUCUGCUGCACCCCUUCAGUGACAGCAACACAGAGCAGCACAGUGAUGGGACUGUGUCUGCAGUCUUUAGUGAGGAGCAGUUGUAUACGUGGGCAUCCAUAGGCCUGCCAGUGUCUUCCCAUCUGUGGGAGCUUUAUGGAAGAGGUCUGAGAUCCACUUUGCAUCGUUCAUCAUCCAAACCAUGCGGUACCCUGCACUUUCAGACAGAAUCUAGCAGGUUGAAGUCUGGCCCGUCAUCUUCAGAGGAUGAAAGCAGUCUCAUCCCUCAGCUGGAGAAGAAAAUUGAGGACUUGCAGAACAAGAUUGCUGUUCUUCAGAGCCAUCGACCCUCUUUGGCAAAGAGCACGGAGGAUAAUGUAUCAGUUUUGGGAAAUGCCCGCCCAAAGGCUUUGCAGAAAAAAGGAGAAAAAGUGGAGGCAUCUGUUCAAACUUCACCUGUGGAUGAGGGUUUUAAGUUUAAUGUACGUUUGAAUGGAGGAAUUGGUAGCAACUUAUCUUCAGUCACAUCCUCAAGCAUCAAGGCUACAGAAAGCUUUGUGUGCACCUGCAAAGAGAGGCAGCAAAAAAGUAUCAUACCAGGUCCUCCCCAUCCCAUCUCAGCAGCCAUGCCGCCUCCACCUCCCCCACCUCCGCCUCCUAUCUCAGGAGCCAUGCCUCCUCCUCCUCCUCCUCCACCUCCUGCACCUGGUUUUGGUCCUUGUCCACCACCACCACCUCCACCACCAGGCUUUCGGCCACCACCUCCACCCCCUCCUCCACCUGGAGUAGGACUACCUCCUCCUCCACCUCCCCCACCGGGAAUGGGACCCCCUCCUCCACCAGGAAUGUGCCCCCCUCCACCAGGCUGCAUCCCACCACCUCCGGGUCCCAUUCCUUCUCUGAUGGUUCAGGAAACAUCCCCUGCCAAAGCUAUGAUAGAGCCCCCCAAGCCAAUGAAGCCACUCUACUGGACCCGCAUUCAGCUGCAUGCAAAAAAAAACCCUGGACCACUGGUGUGGGAAAAAAUAGAGGAGCCAACUAUUGAUUUCGGAGAAUUUGUGGAUCUGUUCUCUAAAAGUGCUGUGAAGAAGAAAAAGAAGCCAAUUUCAGAUACAAUCAGCAAAUCAAAGGCCAAACAGGUGGUAAAAUUGUUAAGCAACAAGCGUUCGCAAGCUGUUGGGAUCCUGAUGUCCAGCAUUCAUCUAGAUAUGAAGGACAUCCAGAAUGCUGUCCUAAAUAUGGACAACGGUGUUGUUGAUCUGGAGACCCUGCAAGCACUUUAUGAAAAUAGGGCUCAGAAUGACGAGAUUGAUUCCAUUAAAAAGCACAUGAAAUCCAACCAAGACAAGGACGAUGCAAAGCCUCUGGACAAGCCUGAACAAUUUCUAUUCCAGUUAUCCCAAAUUCCCAAUUUCUCCCAGCGGGUCUUCUGCAUCUUGUUUCAAUCAACCUUUCAUGAGUGCAUCACCUCAGUUUUGCGUAAAAUUGAAAUUCUGCAAAGAGUAUGCAAGACUUUACAGAGCAGUGAGGCCGUGUUGCAGGUGCUUGGCCUUGUAUUGGCAUUUGGCAACUUCAUGAAUGGAGGUAAUCGUUCCCGUGGACAGGCUGAUGGGUUUUCCUUGGACAUCCUGCCAAAACUAAAGGAUGUUAAAAGCAGUGAUAACUCCACAAGUCUUUUGUCUUACAUUGUUGCUUACUAUCUGAAGCACUUUGAUGAGGAUGCUGGCAAAGACACGUCCCUCUACCCUCUGCCUGAGCCCCAGGACCUUUUUCAAGCCUCCCAGAUGAAAUUUGAAGAUUUUGAAAGAGAUCUACGCAAGCUGAAGAAAGACCUUAAUGCAUGCUUUGAUGAAACCGAUAAAGUCUGCAAGGUUUCAUCUGAAGAAAACCUGCAACCAUUCAAAGUCAAAAUGAAUGACUUUCUAACACAAGCAAAGACUGACCUGGAAACGCAGGAAAAGCAGCUAGCUGACACCCACAGGAUCUUUUUGGAGCUGAGUGUGUCCUUCUCUGUAAAACCCAAGGCAGGAGAGAAAGAAGUCUCUCCCAACACAUUAUUUUCUAUUUGGCACGAGUUUUCUUCAGAUUUUAAGGAACAGUGGAAGAAGCAGAACAAGCUACUAUUACAGGAACGGGUGAAAAAGGCAGAGGAGAGCUUCAAACAGGCCAGGCAGAAGGCCACCUAUAACGUUACAACCAAAAACGCAACUGGAAUAAAAGCAAAGCUGCGUAAGAAGAUCUGAAUUAAGAAAAAGGAUAAUCAUCUCGAAGAUAUUUGCACUGACAAGAUCUGGCUUCAGAAGUUUAAAAAAUGAGUUUGUCUGCAAACACCUACAUUGUUUUAGAGAUGUCUUCAUAGAACAUUUUCUGAUCAAAAUGAAAAAAGAAAAACAAUUCCAUGGGCUUAAUUAUAAAAUGUCCAUUUUUAAUACAUUUUUUUAAACUUUGGUAUAAUUGUCUUCCCACUUUUGUGUGAAAUUUUCCUGCCAUAUGUGUAUACAGAAAAUGCAUCAUGGUGUGGUGAAAAGCAAAAAAUCUCGAUUUCUUUAAAAAAAAAAAAAA